AUGUUGCAAACUGCUUCAGUUACUGAGGACACCAACUUGAAGACGUCGGCAUCCUCUGUCGAGACGGCGCUGUUUCCGCUCACGCUAUGCGACAACUUGUCUCAAGAGAGCUUGACGAAGGCUUGGUUGGUGGAGGGCAUCCUUGACGUUGAGAAAAUACGGGAUGCGUUGGAUACGGUGGUUAAGAAGUGGCCUUUGGUGGGCGGCAGAGUGGAAGUUACGGGUCGGAAGCUGAAGAGAUACCAAAUCAACAUACCCCUUGGCCCCCUUCCUCCAGACUACCAAGCGUAUAUCCUAACCACCUCGACAUCCCCACUCCCCCUUUCGCAUUACAUCCAGCUCCCACUUGCGCCGUUCACAAAGUACCCACCGCUUGAUAUCUUCAUGCCGUUCAAGGAGCGUGUUGGCAUGACCGGGUUGGACGCCUACGCUGCCACCUUGGCGCCGUUCACCCAUUGGCAUUUGACGUAUUUCAAAGGCGCUGAAGGGGAGUAUACGUGUCUAGGUGUGAACUACUCCCAUGGUGUUUUCGAUGGGCAGGGUUUUGCUCUGGUCAUGCACGCCGUUACAGCCGAGUUGAAUGGUAGAGAAUGGGACGUCCCGCCUUUCCCUUCGCCAGGUCUCAACACCAACGAGUUUGGGGUGGUCAUGCAGCGGGAGUACGAGAAGGCCUUGAUGGAGAACGAGUUGGUUAGGAAUCCGUAUGUGAAUUGGAGGGUGGUGGGUAUCGGCGGGUUGGUGAAAUAUUUGUUUGGGAAUUGGUGGCAUAAUUGGAAGUAUGGAGUUGGGGAUUAUAAUAUUGUUAUCCCGAAAAAGGUGCAUGUUGGGCUGGUGGAGGAGGCGAGGAAGGCAUUGGAGGAUGAAGGGAUUACGGAUGUGAGGCCUACGAGUGGGGAUGUGAUUACUUCAUGGUUGAUGCAGACCACCUACGCAGAUGAAAGGCGCGCCAACCGAAUGAUCGCUCUCCAAAAUGUCGGUUCUCUCCGCGGAGAAUGGGACAACCAAUUCGCUCUCUACCCGCACAACUGCGUAACGACCCUCCGGUGCACGCCCAUCUCAGUGCACGACCUCCUUAGCCUCCCAUUACACCACCUGGCACACCGUGUCGCCAAAGCGCGGUUCUCAGGUAGCCGUAUUGCGGACUGUGUGGGCGUCUACCACCUCCUCAAACAAGCCGACAAGCAGAACGGGUACAUCGCACCUGUACAUGCCGACGCAGAUGAGAGCUUCAUCAUGUCGAAUGUUUCUGUCGCGAGGAUUUCGGAUUUAGAUUUUCGAGGUGCUGGAGGAGGAAGGACAGUUUGUCACUAUAGGUUCUUCCCAACUCCAUCGUUUAGGGUGAACAAUUUGUGGGGGAAUAAUGGGAGGCUGGAGAACGGGGAUUUGGUGAUUAAUGCGAUUGUGGAUGAUGGGAGGGCGAGGCUUUUGAAGGAGGAGGACAACAUGCAUACGAGACCCGAAACCCCUGUUGUUCGAAUUGUUGCCAAACCGGGAGAGGUUAGCGGAAAAGGCAAGCCGAUAGAGCUAAAGGAAACAGGGAUGGCGCACAACGCGUACUAUCAACAGCAACAGCAGGCUGCUCCACCACCAACACAACAGCCGCCCCAGCAGACGCAGUACCAGUACUACCAGCAACCACAGAAUAUCUACCAACAACUAGGAAAGCCUCAGCCGCAGCCGCAUCUGCAGAGACUCGCGACGUACUCGGCUCAACAGCAACAACCUAGCAAUUACCAGCAAUACCCUCCUCCAACUCCCCAGUAUGGGCAGAGUCAGUUUCAGACUCAGCCUCCGCAAUCGAGUGGGUUUGUGACUGCUCCGCCGCAGGCAGCGUACGGGCACCCCCAUGCGUAUCCCGUGCCGUCGCCUCAACCUCCGCCGCUCCCCGUCCAACACCAACUCCCGGCUCAAACACAUCCUCCGCCUCAACCGCCGGCCAGUUCAUUCCCAUCCCGGCCGACGAGUAGCUUCAUCCCCACCUCGUCGUUUCCACUAGGCACUCCGGGGUCUCUAGGGUCUUCCCCGCAACAGGCUGCACCUCCACCCCCGCCUCAACAGACAGGCGUGCCGCUGUCCGGGUCGAGACCUCCGAUCUCUCCGUCCGCUCUCCUUGCUCAGCAGGCUCGUAUUCGAGAGUUGCAGCAACAGCAGCAACAAGCGCAGGCUCAAGCUAUCCCCAGGCAGCCAUCCGCACCUCCACCAGCACCGUCUGCUUCUUUCGCUGCGGCCCAGGCGGUCUUCUCAGGUGGGGCCAGUAAUACCAAUGUGCAGCCCCCUCCGACACCCCAGACUCCUGGCAGACGGCCACUGCCCCAACCCGCUGGUAAUGCCGGUACGACGACACCACUCGUCCCGCCUAGUGUAGGGUUGUCGAGAUCGACAUCGACGGGAAGGCCAAUGUCGAUGCCACCCCAAAUUCAGACCUCGUUGUCAACAGGUGCUUCGCCUGUUGGAACGCAGCAACAGCAGCCUCUAUCCGCUGCCACGCCCUCGUCGACCAAGAGUCGACCGCUGCCUGGGACUCCAGGCGAUUCGAGUAAACGGACGACGGUGGAUCUUGGCAAGAUUUCUGGCUUGCCAGUGACCAACUCGACUUUCCCAUCGUAUGCGCAAUCUGAUAGCCAGCGAUCGCGGCCUCCCAGUCCCACCAAGACGCAAACCGGUGAUUCUGCACCACAGCUGCCUCCACUAUCCAUGUCGUCUUCCAAUUCGAACAUGGGAAGUUUGAGUCGCACGACGAGCAUGGCUACUGGCAAUGAGUCCACCCCGAAACGGCGAGCCAGUCCACCGCGAUUCUCUUCUACCUCCAGCAGUCCGACGAAGGAGGAAUCGCAUCAGAGGUGGCACUCUAACAAUUCCAACCCUCAGGGGUAUUCGUCUCAACAGCCCUCGUCAGAUCCUCAGAAACAGUCCUCAGGAUCGGUCAUGAACCAAUCUCACGUCGCGUCUUCCGCUUCAUCAACAUCCUCAGCAUCGUCCGCACCUCCCAAAAAGUUUACUCCGAUUUGGAAGCGCACCAUCCCAGACUAUCCCGCUCCUGUAUUCGGCUACGCAGCAGGGAUGGUCGCGGACCCCUUCUCCAAGCCCGUCUCCAACAACACCCCCAAAGCCAGUAACAGUUCGCCCAACACAAAUGUUACGCCCACUGGGAAGGGCAAGAAUAUCGAAGCGACGACUCCGACUGGGAAGAUCAAGAUUCGGGGGAUUGUUGGUGGGGAUGGGAGUAGCAGCAAGGAUAAAGACGGGUCGCCGUCCAUGUUGGCAUAUUUGAAUCCUACACCUCCCAAGGGGUCGCACGGUGGUACGCCUCCUGGUUACCAUGGGCAUGGACAAUCCGGAUUGUCGAAUGUUUAUACCCAAGGGCAGGGGCAGGGACAUAGCAGGCACCAAUCUCAUCCGGGUUAUCAACAACAACAGCAGCAAGGGUAUCGACAGCGGUAUGAGGAAAGCACGGAGGAUGAUGAUGAAGAGGAGGAAGACGACGAUGAUGACGAAGACGAUGAAGAGGAUAGUGAAGUCGCGUAUCAGUAUGAAGGAUCGGAAUAUAGCAGCGAAGAACCCCAUCAACGGCCUCCCCCGCCGAAAUCCAAGUCGAAGAUGACGGUCAAGUCAGUUCCUUUGAAGGGUUCGAGUGGUUCAAAAGCCAAGGCACACGCACAGGCGCAGAUAGAAAGGGAGAGAGAGCGAGGGCUGGAGAAGGCCAAGGCGGCAGCUAGACAGCAGGCUGUUUCACAUAACUAUCCUGAGCAACAACAGCAGCCUCGGAGGAAGAAAGUGAGGAGCUUGAGGGAUUUGGUUCAGUCGGAAGAGGAUCAGGAGGAGGAUGACGAAGAAGAAGACGACGAAGAAGACGAGGAGGAGGACGACGAAGAAGAGGAAGAGAGGUACAGACGAAGCAAACAGCGCAAACCCGCUAGACGGCAGUAUGAAGAGUACUACGACGACACACCGACCAAAUCGCGAACCUCGCAGCACGCGAAAUCUGGGUCGUCGACCUCUGCAUCCACUAUGAAACAGGGGCGAAUGAAACUGACCAAAGCCAAGCCUAUGAAACUCAAGGGUGAUGGUGGAGAAGACGACUACGAUUACAGUCCUAGUUCGCGACCGAGUUCCAAGAUGGCAAUGCAUAGAUCAAGAGGGUCGGAGUCCGAUGGGUUUGUGGUGGUUGAUAACGGGUCGCCUAUGAAGAAGGGAGGAAAGGGGAAGGGACAUGCGAGGCAUAGAUCUGAGUUGGAUGAUUGGGAGAAGUUAGAAUGGGAGCAACAACAGCAAAGACAGCGGCGAGCGCGGUCGCAGAGUCGACAUCGAUACGCCGAGCAAGAGGAAGAAGAGGAGGAGGAGGAGGAAGCAUCGGAAGAGGUGUACGAGGAGCCUAGGAAGGUGCGGAGGAGUAGGAGUGUGCAUCGGCGGGAGGCUGAGAGUCAUGGUUAUGAGGAGGAAGAGCAAGAGAGUAUGGGACGGAAAGGGAGGGGUCGGAGUGUUGCUGCGCAUGAACGCCAGAGGUCGCAGCGGUAUGACGAAGAGGAGUAUGCGCAGUAUAACCAACAGCAACAGCAGAGGAGGGCGCAAUCGCAGCAUCGAAGGGCGCAGUCUGAAUAUCAACAUCGGCAGCAGGAGCCAUCUGAAGAGGAAGAUGAUGUGUAUUAUCAAAGGCCGAGUCGAGGAUCACCUGUCAAGUUUAGCAGUGGAGGGUCGGGGUCUUGGUCGCCUACCAAACAAUCGUACCCCGCUGGAUCGCCGACGAAGACCAUGAGAAUGGCGGAGAUGUGGGAGGCGGAGAGUCAUCGUAGUGGGAGUGGAGGAGGAAACUUCAGCAGCAACAACGCGAACAACUACCCCUCCUCGUCCUUCCCCUCGUCCCCGACAAAAGACAAAGGUGGGUUCGGUGAUAUGGGGUUUGGUCCUCCUCCUCAUCCUCAUUAUCAGCCGUCCCAGACUCCUUCGUCAAUGCGUCCCACUACGAAUACUAUGCAGCCGAGCAACAACAACAACAGCAGGGAUGGUCACCCAGGAAAUUUCGGGGCCAGCGGCAGCACCAGCAAUCUUCGUCACCAAAGAAGUCAAAGCUUCGAUCCAAAUCGAGGCCCAAGUCGGGGUAUGAUGAGUACUGGGAGUGAGGAUGUGCAGCAGGGGAGGGGGAGGAUGCAGAGUGGAGAGAUGCAAGGUGGUGGUGGUGGUGGUCUAGGGCAGAGGAGGGGAUUCCAUACCCGUGUCCGGGACGCGAGUAUGGACAGUAGCAGUAGUCGGCGCACGGCGGGGUCGGGGAUGUCGUCCUCGUCGAGUGUUUUGAGCCGGAGCGAGUUCCCUCCUCCGCCCACGCAUCCUUCGAGUCCACGGCCUUAUCUUCGACUGGGGAUCAAGGACCGGGAGAGGCGGAGUUUGUAUGGCGGGAGCGAGUGGGAUGGGGCGUCGAUGUAUGCUGGAAGUCAGGGGAGUAAUGUUGGGAGUGAGUCUGAAGGGGAUGGAGAAGGGUAUUUUGCACGUCAGCAGGAUCGGCACAGGAGGGAGGAGGAGGAGGUGGAUUUGGAUUUGGAUAAGACGCCGAAGAGGGGGUUGCCGAAGCCACCGUCGAUUGCGCCUAGUACGAGCACGAGCCCGAGGAAGUUGGUGAAGAAGAGUAGACCGGUAUCUGUUCCGCCGGGUUCGAUGUCUGGGCCGGCUUCGCCUGUCAAGGGCCAGGGGUACGGACAUGGGGCGUAUAGCGAGGCGGAGUUUUCGUCGCAUGAUGUGCAGAGUGCCGUGGGAGGUGGAGGAUCGCCGAAGAAAGGAGGAGUGAGGGCGUUGGCGUCGAGGUUUAACGUGUUUGGUGGACAGCAGCAGCAACAGCAACCUGUUCAGCAACCUCAGUCUAGACAAGGAAGUCCGAGAAAGCUUCCUCCCACACCUGCAGGAGGACAGCACGGUCCUUGGCCAGGGCCAGCGCCAACACCAACGAGCGAGUUUAGGAAUGGUCAUCCUGGUGGCGGUUAUGCGUCAGCGCCCUCGCCAGCUCCUUCGUCCACAUCGUCAGCUUCAACGUCGUCUGUCAAGCCACCGUUGCCGCCUCGACCUAAUCCUAGCCCGGCGCUCAGCCGGUUUGCUAGGAAUGGUGCCAGCCACCCAAGCGGAAAUCCGAAUGUCGGAGAACCUCAACGUCGGCAACUACCCCAGCAACCUCAACAACAACACCAGCAGCAACAACACCACCAAUCCCAACAGCCACCUUCUCAACUUCAAGGUCAGCCGACUGGAGGAGGGAUGGUGCGUGGUGAGGUUGCACGAAAUCGGGUACCGAUAAAGGGUGGUUAUGAUGCGUUGGAUGAGCCCCCUCCAAGGUCGUUGAGGACCCCUUCGCCUGCUCCUUCCAGUGUUGGUGGCUAUCAGCAGCAGCACCAACAGCAAUACCACCAGAAUCAGCAAGGCCAACAGCAGCAGUACGGGCAGCAUAGGAGGGGACAAUCGAUGUAUGCAGAGCCUCAACAGCAACAACAGCAACCCCAGGAGCAGAGGAGACCUCAAAGUCAAAUCUACGGCAACAGCAAAUACGCUGGGUCUUCUGGCUCUUUCUCGCCUGCCUCGACAGAGUUCUCGGUCUCGCAGCCUCAAUACCAACAUCAGCACCAGCCUCAACAGGAACAGAGAAGACCUCAAAGCCAGGCAUACGAUAGCCGAUACGCCGGGUCUUCUGGUUCGUUCUCCCCUACUUCCACUGAGCUGUCUUCCAUCUCGCUUCCUGCGCCUGUUCAAGAUCCUACUUCGAGGCCGCAGCAUACACCUCUUCCCGAGUUCCGGAAGAGGCAGGAUAUUCAGUGUCCUGCACCUGUUGGUGGGAGGGAGAAGAUGGCGAAUUUGCAGAAGAUGGAGGAGGAGGAGAAGGAGUUAAGAAGGCAGCAGGAACAGCAGCAGCAGCAGGGCAAUGAGAAUGGGAAUGGAGGCGGUGGGCCGCCGUCGAUUCCGCAGAUCAACUUUGAUUUUGUGGAUUCUGGGUCCCAGCAGCAGAACCAGAACCAGAACUCGUCAUCAGCGUCGACGGCUUCGCCGAACGUGUCCGGCAUCCAGAUAGAUGUGGAUGAUGGGUCGUCGUCGAACAAUAAUCAGCAGCGCUCAAAUGUUCCGACGAUUUCGUUCGAUAGUUUCGAUACUGGUGUUCCCACUAUCAACGAGCCGCACCAGCAGCAGCAGCAACAGAAUGUUCCAAAAGUCAACGUCUUCGAGAUUCCGGGCGUCAGUAUAUCUGGUCCUCAAUUCGACGAUGAUCCCAACGCUGCGAACAAUCGACCACCGCCUCAGGCGAACCCCUCGAGGGCUGGGCGGAAACCGCCUGGAGGGUUGAUUUGUGCUGGAUGUGAAGGUGCUAUCGUUGGCCGAAUCGUUGCUGCUAUGAACCUCCGCUGGCAUCCACAGUGUUUCCGGUGCAGCGUAUGCCAGACGUUGUUAGAACACGUCAGCUCGUACGAGCACGAUGGAAGACCGUAUUGUCAUUUGGAUUAUCACGAGAACUUCGCACCGAAGUGCUACUCGUGCAAGACCUCGAUUAUUGAGGAACAGUUUAUCAGUCUCGAUGAUCCUGCGUUGGGCAAGAGAACGUAUCACAUGGAGCAUUUCUUCUGUGCCGAAUGUGGAGAUCCGUUCAUGACGCCUUCGAUGUCGAGGUCGGCUAAUGGAGGAGAAUUGGCCCUCAGUGGUGAUGGCGACUUCGAAGGUUUUACCGUUUACAAAGGCCAUCCCUAUUGCGAACCAUGUCACGUCAGGCUGCGGUUGCCUAAAUGCAAGAAAUGUAAAAAGUCGAUCAGGGAUCAUGAUCGUGCCGUUGAAGCCCUGGGAGGCAAGUGGUGCUGGGCCUGUUUUGUUUGCGAGGGCUGCAAGAAACCGUUCGAAGAUCCUUCGUUCUUCCAGAGGGAUAACCAUCCUUAUUGUGAACAGUGCUUUACGAUUAUUCUUCGCAAUGAAAUUUGA